AUGAGUUCGGAUACAAGGAACAACAACAACAAUAAUAAUACCACCACGAUUACAUUUGCAGAGCAAUCUGUUGAUCGAUCUCAUCAUGAAAAGAUUAAGCAACGUGAAUUGACCCGGUCAUCUACCGGUCAAAGCAGUAACAUCUCCUUUGAUGCACGCUCCGUAAGAAGUGUCAUUAUGAAGAAGAUGAAUCUCGUCAAAAGGCGGCGUCGACGUGCUGCUGAAGAAGAACGAGUCGAAGGCCCACCCUACCAUACCAUGGAUCUUGAAACGGUAGCCAAGCUUCUUAAGACCGAUCUUGAAGAUGGUCUUUCCGAUCAAGAUGUAGAAGGACGACGUGAAGAAUCAGGGUUCAAUGAAAUGGAAGGCGAAGGAGGUGUUAACCCUGUCAAAUUAUUGAUCAAGCAAUUCUUCAACAUUAUGGUGCUGAUUUUGCUGAUUGCAAUGGUUGUAUCCUUUGUCUUUAAAGAUUGGGUGGAAGGUGGUGUCAUUUGCGCCAUCAUGUUCAUCAAUGCUGGUGUCGGCUUUGCUCAAGAAUUCAAAGCUGAAAAAACAAUGGACUCCUUGCGGCAAAUGGCUUCUCCCACUAGUCAAGUAGUGCGCAACGGCCAAGCUAAGACUAUUCCCACACGUGAAUUGAUUCCUGGUGACUUGAUUCUCCUUAAGGCUGGCGACGUUGUUGGUGCUGAUUGUCGUAUCAUUGAAUCAUUCAAUAUGGAUGUUGAUGAAGCUUUACUCACCGGUGAAUCUGUACCAGUAAACAAAGUAUCUGAUACCUUGGAAGGCGCUGACAUCCCAUUGGGCGAUCGUGUCAACAUGAGUUAUUCAAGCACUGUAUUGACCAAGGGUCGUGGCAAGGCACUUGUCACUGCUACUGGCAUGCAAACGGAAAUUGGCAAGAUUGCAUUGCGCCUCCUUACAAGCGAUGAUAACCGUAAAACACCUCUUCAACGCUCACUUGAUCGUAUGGCUUUGGUCCUUUUGGGUGUUGCUAUCCUUGCUGUCAUUAUUGUAUUCGCUGUUGCCAAAUUCCAGAUUGGAGAAUCCGAAAUUUUGUAUGCUAUUUCCACUGCUAUCUCUGCCAUUCCUGAAGCAUUGGUUGCUGUUGUUACACUUACACAGGCUUUUGGUGUUCAUGGUAUGGCCAAAGCCAAUGCAUUGGUUCGCAAAAUCUCCGCUCUUGAAUUACUUGGUGCUGUCACUAAUGUAUGCUCGGAUAAGACUGGUACAUUGACACAAUCCAAGAUGGUGCUUACAAGACUUUGGUGCCCUGGUGAAGGAUUCUACAAUGUUGGUGGAUUGGGAUUUUCAAUUGAAGGCGACAUUACACGCGAAGAUGACAACCAAGUGGUGACCAAGGAUGACUUUUCCAAUGUCAUGCAGCAUUUGGUUCUCACCGGUGCUUUGUGUAACAUGAGUGAAAUUCGCAAGGACAAAGAAACGGAUGAAUACCAUGGAAUGGGUGAUCCAACAGAGAUUGCUCUUCAAGUCUUUGCACACAAGGCUAAAAUGGGCAAGCCCGCACUGACCAAGUCAUCGGAUGCGAAUGCCAACUGGAAAUUGGUUGCUGAAUAUCCAUUUGAUUCCUCUAUCAAGCGCAUGAGUGUCCUUGCACAAGCACCUGAUGGCAGCUACUAUGCAUUUACCAAGGGUGCCACUGAACGCGUGUUGAGCACAUGUACCGGAAUGUACGACGGCGAAGCCAUGCAAGUUAAAGAACUCGAAGAACAAGUGCUUCCACAAGUGGAGGAAUUGGCCAAGGGUGGAUUACGUGUAUUGACAUUGGGCAUGCGUCAACUUGAGACCAAGGAGACUGUUACUGCUGACACCUUUAAGCGUGAAGACAUUGAGCAAGACAUGCAAUUUUUGGGACUUGUUGGUAUCUACGAUCCUCCACGUGCUGAAUCACGCGGUGCUGUUGCCGAGUGCCACCAAGCUGGUAUUACCGUACACAUGCUGACAGGUGAUCAUGCAGCUACUGCUACUGCCAUUGCGCGUGAAGUUGGUAUUCUUCCUGAAGGUUAUGGCAUUGAUGACACCAAAAAGUAUCCCAAGGACCUCGUCAUGACGGCAACCAAGUUUGAUAAGUUAUCGGAUGAACAAAUUGAUGCCAUGCCAGAGCUUCCUUUGGUCAUUGCACGAUGUAGCCCUGAUACCAAGGUCAAGAUGAUUGAAGCCCUCCAUCGACGCAACCGUAUCACGGGUAUGACGGGUGAUGGUGUGAACGACUCUCCAAGUUUGAAGGAAUCCGAUAUCGGCAUUGCAAUGGGUCAAAACGGAUCCGAUGUUGCCAAGCAAGCGGCUGAAAUUGUGCUGGUGGAUGACAACUUUGCAACCAUUGUCAAGGCGAUUGAAGAAGGUCGACGUGUCUUUGCCAACAUUUCUCGUUUUGUGGUCCACAUGGUGUCUGGCAAUGUCGCUGAAGUUGUACCUUUGAUCUUGGGUCUUGGUUUCUUUGAUGAAAGCGGCAAGUCCGUGUUCUUGAUGACACCCAUCCAAAUUCUUUUCAACAAUAUCUUGACAUCCUCGCCACCUGCUAUGAGUCUUGGUUUGGAGCCUGUGCACCCUGAUCAAAUGCUUGUUCCUCCAAGACCCACAUCCGAAGGCCUCUUUUCAUUAUCCAACACCAUCGACAUCAUCUUUUACGGCUUUAUUAUGGGUAUCAUUUGCUUGCUCAACUUUAUCGUCGUCGUCUAUGGCUACGGUGGUGGCGAGCUCGGUGUGGAUUGCAAUUACGAAUACACUGAUGUCUGUGAGAAUGUCUUCAAGGCACGUGGUGCUGUGUUUACGGUGUUGACAUUGAUGGUUCUCCUUCAUGGUUUUACUUGUCGCGAUUUGCAAAACCCCAUCUGGACUUGGAGUGCUUGGACCAAACGCAAACACAACUUUUAUCUCAUUUAUUCAUUCGCUGCCUGCUUUGUUCUUUGCAUCAUUUGUCUCUACGUUCCAGUUCUCAACACAAGAGUCUUCAGACACAGAGGCAUCGAUUGGGAAUGGGGCAUGGUCGUUGCUUCAUGCUUACUUUAUAUGGCCCUCACUGAAAUCUGGAAGUUCUUCAAGCGCAUGAUGCUUCGUCGCAAGGCUAAGCGUAGAGAACAACAAGCUCAAGAGGAACAACAACGCAUUGCUAUGCAACGUGAACAACAAGAACAACAAGAGUCUCCCAGACAACAAGAACCUCCCAACGAGAAACAAGAACAACAAGAACAACAAUAA